AACCAUAACUGCCAUAACUCCCCCAUGCCCCAUAGUCCAUAGCUAUGCAAAUUGCAUCGUCUACAUUCUGUCAUUCUGUUGCAUUCUGUUUAUAAGAAAUAAACGUAAUCAAACCUAAUCACUGUGUUUCAUUCUCGAUCGAAUGUAUCUACUUUUGAGUACUUGAAUCCUGAAGGGCUGUAAAAAAUGUCGAUUGAAAUUGAAUCUGCGGAUGUAAUUCGUUUGAUACAACAGUACCUUAAAGAAUCAAAUCUCGUGAAAACAUUACAAACGUUACAGGAAGAAACAGGAGUAUCAUUGAAUACAGUAGACAGCGUGGAUGGUUUUGUAGCAGAUAUAAACAAUGGACACUGGGACACUGUUUUGAAAGCGAUACAGUCAUUAAAGUUACCAGAUAAGAAGCUCAUUGAUUUAUAUGAACAGGUCGUUCUGGAAUUGAUUGAACUGAGAGAAUUAGGAGCAGCACGAUCACUGUUGAGACAAACAGAUCCUAUGAUAAUGAUGAAACAACAGGAACCUGAAAGAUAUAUUCAUUUAGAAAAUUUACUUGCACGUUCGUACUUUGAUCCACGAGAGGCAUAUCCUGAUGGAAGUACAAAAGAAAAAAGAAGGGCUUAUAUAGCUACAGCUUUAGCUGGCGAGGUAUCUGUCGUACCUUCCAGCAGGCUACUCGCGCUCUUAGGACAAGCAUUGAAAUGGCAACAGCACCAGGGGUUACUUCCUCCUGGUACAACGAUAGAUUUGUUCAGAGGAAAGGCAGCAGUAAGGGAUCAAGAGGAUGAAAAAUAUCCCACGCAACUCUCGAAGCAAAUCAAGUUCGGUCAGAAAUCUCACGUCGAAUGCGCACGAUUUUCACCUGACGGUCAAUACCUGGUCACUGGAUCGGUCGAUGGAUUUAUCGAAGUGUGGAAUUUCACGACUGGUAAAAUCAGAAAGGACUUGAAAUACCAAGCUCAAGACAAUUUCAUGAUGAUGGAACAAGCAGUAUUAUCGAUGGCGUUCAGUCGCGACAGCGAGAUGUUAGCCAGUGGUGGACAAGAUGGAAAGAUAAAAGUAUGGAGGGUUCAGAGCGGGCAGUGCUUGAGAAGAUUCGAGAAAGCACAUUCGAAAGGUGUCACGUGCCUCCAGUUCAGCAGGGACAAUAGCCAAAUUUUAUCCGCAUCGUUCGAUACUACUAUAAGGAUACAUGGACUUAAGUCUGGUAAGACUUUGAAAGAGUUUCGUGGACAUGCUUCUUUUGUAAAUGAAGUAGUCUUCGCCCCGGAUGGACACAACGUGAUAAGCGCGUCUUCGGAUGGAACCGUGAAAGUUUGGAGUUUAAAGACGACAGAGUGCAUAGGCACUUAUAAAUCUUUAGGAGCUGCCGAUUUAACUGUAAAUAGUAUACACGUUCUUCCGCGAAACCCCGAACAUUUCGUCGUGUGCAAUCGUUCGAACACUGUGGUAAUUAUGAACAUGCAAGGGCAAAUAGUUAGAUCGUUCUCGAGUGGUAAAAGAGAGGGUGGUGAUUUCGUGUGUACCGUGGUAAGUCCUCGAGGUGAGUUCAUUUACUGCGUCGGCGAAGAUCUUGUCCUUUAUUGUUUCUCCACAUCCUCCGGAAAACUGGAAAGAACUCUCAACAUACACGAAAAAGAUGUCAUAGGUUUGACGCAUCAUCCUCACCAAAACCUUUUAUGCUCCUACAGCGAAGAUGGUCUUUUAAAGUUGUGGAAACCGUAAACGCAAUUAGUUCAAGAAUCCCGAUAUUUGAAACAAUCUUUUUGAUGUAUGAAUUAUAGAAUUUAUAAGCACGGCGUAAUACAAUAAAUAAGAUAUAUGUAUAAUUGUGA